UGAGAGCCAGUGGUGCUGGAGAGAAGAGCGCAUUUUCUUUGUGGAGAAGAGAAAGACAGACUGGGGUGGCGUUGAAAUUGAAUCUAAAUAUCAUGGCAUCCAAGUGUCCAAAAUGCGAGAAAACCGUAUAUUUCGCCGAGAAGGUUACUUCCCUGGGAAAAGACUGGCACAAGUUCUGUUUGAAGUGUGAGCGCUGUAACAAGACUCUGACUGCAGGGGGCCAUGCUGAGCAUGAUGGAAAACCAUUCUGCCACAAGCCGUGCUACGCUGCUCUUUUUGGGCCAAAAGGUGUUAACAUUGGUGGUGCAGGGGCAUACGUCUAUGAUAACCCCCCUGUGAACUCCCAGCAAACGAGCGCUGCAGUCGAGUCAGCCCCCAAAACGGAGGAGAGAAAAACCUCCGGACCCCCCCGGGGACCUGUGAAAGCUGCAAGCAUUACCAGUUUUUCAGGAGAGCCCAAUAUGUGCCCCAGGUGUAACAAGAAGGUUUAUUUUGCGGAGAAGGUGACGUCCCUGGGGAAGGACUGGCAUCGCCCUUGUCUACGUUGUGAGCGCUGCAGCAAGACCCUGGCUCCGGGGAGCCACGCAGAGCAUGAUGGGCAACCCUACUGUCACAAGCCCUGCUAUGCAGCCCUGUUUGGACCAAAAGGUGUGAACACUGGUGGGGUGGGCAGCUACAUCUAUGAGAAGGAACCAAGCACUGAAGCUCAGCCCUGAGAAGCAUGCAGCUCUGUAGUGCUUCCUAUCAUCCCACUACUUGGGGAAGAAACAUCCACAAACAGGGGUAGCUCUUCAGUCAUCUGGACCAAAACAAUACAAGGGAAUCAGGAGAUUGCCAUUGGCUAAUAAAUUACUCACUGGACCACACACUAUAAAUAUAUUCACUGCACCAAGGCCUCUUAUUAACUCUUUCAACACUACAGACCUGUUUUCAGGGCUUGGAAAGUAACUGCUGCUGUAGUAUAGGAACACCACUUUAAACACCAAACCAGUCUAGUUUGACCAUACAUGUUCAUAAACCACUUUUUUUCUGUAUAAGACACUGAAAUUGCUUAAUAACCUAUUCUAGUGUUACCUUUCUGUAAAGUUUUUGAAAUAAUUCAAAAUAUAGUGCUGUAAGAAUUACAGAAGGAAUACAGGGUUGUAUAAAUAUUAUCACUGGACCAUUGCGUCAUGAGACAAGGCUUCUUUGUUAAAAAGGGGCUGCCUUUUCUUAAAAAACAAAAUCAAACAAACAAAAAUACCCUUCCAAGCUAAUCUUUUAAGCACGUCUACUCUGACAACCUGCUAUAAAAAAUGAAACCAAAUUUAUAUUGUUUGCUUGAUCUGAUUUUGAGGAAUACCACACACUUGCCAAAUUAUCUAAAGAACAUUAUUUACAAGUAAAUAUCUGGAGUAUCUUAAUUUGUUUUAACAUUGGAAAAUACAAUUCUACUGAAUACACAUUUUUUCAAUUUGGGUCUUGUAAAGUUCAUUUGAGCUAGAGGGGCAUCACUAUGACCAGCAAAGUAUUUGGUUAUUACUAGGAAACAUCCUGAAUAAUGCAGGAGCACGACCACCUCUAUACAGCAGAGAGCACUAGGUACUUCUGUUUGCCCAAAACAUAUUUAUUGCCCAACUAUUUAUUUGUCUACCUGGUGACUGAAGAACUAUUCCUGUUGCACUGUCUUUUUAUUUUAAGAGUAAUACUGCUAGUAGUAGAUAUUAGGCUAGAAGCUGCAAACUGACCUGUUGUCUUUUUGAACCCUAAUUAAAAAAUAGUUCUUA